UUUUCAAUACGGUAGCUUUUAACUUUAGCUGAAAUUUAGUUUUAUUAACUUGUAACUUUGUAGUAGUUUCUUUCUCCAAAAUAAUAAUCUCCCAAGUUUUAAGUGUUUUGAUCUAGAAACCGUACAUAAAUUAACAUCGGAAGUAAAUAUACGCAAUGGAAGUUUCGAAUGAAAUAAAGGAAGAUAUUCGGAAAACGCAAUCAGAGUUAAGAAAUGCUAUUCGAAUUCAUCAGAUUUGGGUUGCGCGUUUGCAAGAGGACGAAAAUAAUAUACACAUUAAGUGUAAAGUAAAUGAAGCUGAAAAAGAUAUUAUUGCGAUUGGUCAAGCCCAAAAAAGGGUUGUGGAUAGACUAAGAAGAGAAUUAGAGUUGUAUCAACAGAGGUUAAGGGCUCGCAACAAGCAGGUGAGCGUUGACAAUGACAAUCGCUAUGUUGCACAGCAGUUGAGAGAUCAUCAGAUGCAACAUCGAGGCAGGGGGCGUACUGUUUCCUUGCUGAAGCCAUCCGUUCUGAACGAAAUUCAAGUCAAAGCCGAGAAUGUUCACGAGGAUAAUAGAUCAGAUUCAGAUAUUGAAAACAAGAGCAAUGAAAAAGAAAAUUCUAACAACAGUGAGACGGAUGAGAAGGACAAAUAUGUCAGGAAAUAUUCCCACCAGGCAAAUAUUGUCCAAGAUAGCAGAAGCCAUUUUGCUAAUGCUCUUAACAAAGUGAAGGAAUCAUUUAUUGAGGAUAAGAUACAAGAAGAUUGGUCAGAGCACAGAUCGGAUUCUGAAUCGUCACGUGGCACAGACCUGUCACCUACUCCGUCCCCUCCACCAUUGCCCAAGUCGGGUGAACAAAUCACAAAGGAAGUUUUUAUGAGACUUAUUGGCCUAGUGACAACAUUACAGAGGGAAUAUAUAGAGAAGAAGAGGAGUGAACGUCGGAAACGGUCUACGGCUAGCAAUAGAAAAGACUUCCUUUAUGAAAACUUUGAUACCCUUCCAAAACGCAAGAAAUAUAAUCAGUUUUCAUAUCUACAGUCUCACAAUGAUCCACCGCAGACAAGAUCAGCUAAACUCCGUAAGCAACAGAUUCAAAACAAAUCAUCACGCGAAGGAUCGCCGUCUGGCUCUUCUACGGAAAAUAAAGCGAGCUGGUCCGGCAAGCCGUCGUGGGUAUCGGCGCUGCCGCCGGGCCUGUCCGUCGAGCCCGUGUACGCCGAGACCAAGAAAGUCUGCCACGGCUGCGGGAGAAACGACGUGCCCUCACUGCUGGUGUCGUGUGGGGCGUGUUCUGUCCGUCAGCACACGGGGUGCGGCGCGGCGGGCGGGCGGUGUGUGUCGUGCCGCGCCCCGCUGCCUGACCCCGCCCCCGCGCCCGCCUCCCCCGCCGACCACAGGCUGUACGCCGAGAAGCUGGCCGAGCGCAAGAGGCUUCACGAAAAGAACAUGGCGCUGUGUGUCGAGCUGCGCAAGUUGGAGGCGCGAGCUGCGACUCUGAAGGAGAAUCUAGACGAGCACAGCGACGAGAAACGCCAGCUGCUGGCAGACCAGAUCAAGACUCAGCGGAACCUGCAGAAGCUCCUGGACUUCAUCAGCCAGUUCAAGGACACGUCGAUCAGUAUCCGCUCGACGUCCGUCAGCGAGUCGGGCAGCGAGCUCAGCAGAAACGACGAAUAGCACAGGACUAUUAUGAUGCCACUAUACUUGGUGUUCAGAAAAAGAUGAUUCUUAAUUUGUAAGGCCUAUAGAUAUUAAAUAUUGUUUGUGCAUACUUAGUUAUUAUAAAUCGGUAUUGUUUUUCAUAUUUCAUAUUAUCAUCUAUCAGAUUGUUUACACAGCAUUAGAGAUCAAAAUUUACUACAAUAUUAUAUCUUUAGUCCCCAUAAUUUUGGUUAC